CUGGCGGACGAGGACGCCGCGCGGCUGAGUGUGCUGGAUAGCUUGACGGGAAUACCCCGACCCGAGGAUGUACUGCUGUUUGCCGUACCCGUGUGCGGGCCGUACAACGCGAUCCAGUCGUACAAGUACAAGGUCAAGGUCACGCCAGGUACUGUGAAGAAGGGCAAAGCUGCCCGUCAAGCCUUGGAGCUACUGACCCGUGGGUCAGAGGUCCCCCCCCGGGAGCGGGAGGUGCUGCGCGCCCUUCCGGAGAUGGAGGCCAUCACCGCGCUUGUGGGCCCCGGAGUGAAGCUCAGCAUGCCGGGGCUGCAGAAGCUCAAGAUGGAUGAAAAGAAAACCAGGAAG